AUGCCCACAGAGUGCAAGCCGCCGCCCAAGUACAUGUCUUUCGUUGCGGGUGUGUUUUCAGGUGUGUCCAAGCUGGUGACGGGUCACCCCUUCGAUACGAUCAAGGUGCGAAUGCAAACGGCGCCUGAUGGAAAGUUCAAGGGGCCCAUUGACUGUCUGAUUAAGACUGUGCGAAACGAGGGAAUCAGGGGUCUCUACAAGGGAGCUACUCCUCCUCUGGUAGGAUGGAUGAUCAUGGAUUCCGUCAUGCUGGGUUCUUACCACAACUACAAGAGAUGUCUCAAGGACACUGUUUACCAGGACUACUACGAACUGCCGACCAUUGGUUGCGGUAUUGCAGGUAUCGGGGCUGGUUGGACUGUGUCCUUUGUUGCAGCUCCCAUUGAACACAUCAAGGCCCGACUUCAGGUCCAAUACGACGCAAAGACCAAGCUUUACACUGGCCCCAUCAACUGUGCCAAGCAAUUGCUUUCCCAGGGAGGUCUUCCCGGUCUUUACAAGGGUCUGUUUUCUACCAUGCUGUUCAGAACCAACUUUUUCUUCUGGUGGGGAUCCUACGAUCUGAUCACUAAGCAGCUGAAGAAGCGCACAGACAUGGGUUUGCCCACUAUCAACUUCUGGGCCGGUGGUUUCUCCGCCACCAUUUUCUGGGUCACUGCUUUCCCUUUCGACGUGGUCAAGCAGCAGAUCAUGACAGACACAGUUAUCAACCCCAAGUACCCUACCUGGUGGUCAGCAUGCAAGAGCGUGUACAAACGAUGGGGAUGGAGAGGCUACUUCCGAGGAUUCAUGCCUUCGUUCAUUCGGUCUUUCCCUACAAACGCCAUUGCACUAGUUGUAUUUGAGGCCACUAUGCGAAUUCUCCAGUAA